AUGGCCUCUUCCAGUAGCAGCACACAACCACAAGUUCAUCAUCAACCUCUUCACAUUCAGGCACAAGAUCCAAGCAUUACAAACGCAACAGUUGCAGGACAAGCAGUGAAAUGGAUUUUCCAGAUUCUUUUCUACUUGCAACUGCUCUUGAUUUCUGCCUUGGUGAUUUUCAUCACCAGGUAUGAUCGUACCUCAGACUCUUCAACAACCCACCAUUUCCACCCUCACAAAUGGUACCCUCCACUUUUAGCAUCAACACUAUGUGCAGCAAUUCUUGGUUUCACAUGGCAUUGUAUCAUUGCAUGUUACCCGAAAGAGGCAGUCUGGGAACCAUUUUGGUGGAGUCCCCUGUUAACAUUGCUAAUGGCUUUUAUGUUUAUGGUAAUAGGUACUCCAGGGAGUUGGAUACCCGGAUUAGGAUGUUUCUUAUUUUCUGAUUUACAAUCAAAGUAUGUAGGCCGAGUCAUUCGCAGUAACAUGAUCAAACACACAGCCGAAAUAUAUCAAGAUUUAAUAGAUUUUAUUCCUGCUAAAACCAAGUGCUUGGCAUUCUUAUCAAUCACCGUCGGUACCCUUUACUGCUGUUUUCUGGUGUAUGGAAUUGGAGGCGCAAGAAGAACUGUACAAGCAGACUUAUACAUCUUACUGAUCAUUCUCAGCCUUGGAUGGACUAUGCAGGUUAUGAACAAUGCAAUGCAAGUCACAAUUUCAUGGGUCCAGUAUACUCAUUUUACCGAUCAUGUCAUCACGAACAUUAGAGCUGCAUUUCGUGACACAAUCAAACACUCAAUUGGAAGUGUUUCUCUAGCCUCCAUUCUCCUCCCAGUCAUCAAACUCAUCCAGGAAUUUGCACGAUUAUUAAAUCUAUAUCAUUGUGAAGAUGAUCGUUCAUGCGUGAUGAAACUUGCCGCGCAUCUUAUGACUUGGGGGAAUAUAUGGGGUUUCGUGCACGUUGGAGCUUAUCGCAAAGGAUUUGUGCAAGCCUCUUCCGAUACUUGGGGGAUGUUCAUGAGUAGAGCUGGAUUACAGGAACUGAUAGAUUUGGAUAUCACUGGUGCAUUCUGUUUCCUGAGUGGUGUUGCAGUAGGUGCAAUCUGUUGUCUUGUGUGUGGAAUUUGGAGUGUCAUAGUGUAUAAGGACUAUGCCACAGAACUAUCCAUAUAUGCUUUUUUCAUUGGCUAUUUCAUUUGUAGGUUAGCAAUUGCAUGGCCACAAGCUUCUGUUUCAGCUUACUAUGUAGCCUACGCGCAGAAUCCAGAGAACUUUCCAUUUGAAUCAACUAUUGAAGAACGGUUGAACCAGCUUUGCAUAGCUUCACAAAGACCCAGUAACCAGAGAGGGAGGCAAUUCAGGAGGAGGUUCGCCUACCGAACUGUACGAAAAGAACAUUAA